AAGGAAGAGACAGAGACAGAGGAGAAAGAGAGAGACGAGAGAGAGACAGAGAAGAAGAAAGAGAAAGAGGAGCAGACCGAUAACCGCAGCACACAGGAGGCGGCUGACAUGGUAAAAAACGAGCUGAAAGAGACAGGCCACACCCCCGAGCUGACCGGCGAGCAUGAUGGGAAGGAGGUUCCCGUGAAGAGGCAGACCGCGGCCAAUAGGAAGCCUCCGUUACAGAAGAGCCGCAGCCAGGACACGGACAGACAGACUGAGAGCAGCCUCUCCUGCUCCCCAGUGGAGGCCAACCGAAGGGUCCACGCCAUACACAGCCAAUUAAAGCCUCAGGCCACGCCCCCUCCCUCUGUGAUUGGCCCAACAUUCUCGGACAUCCAGAGGGAAUUUCAGAGAAAGAUGGAUGCAUCAGCAGGAGGCCUGUUGGAGGCAGAGCUCCAGCAGCAUGAAGUGAUGACAGAGGAUUCUCUCUCCAAUGACGAAUACGAUUGUGCGUCACCUGACGACAUUUCGCUGCCGCCGCUGGCCGAGACACCAGAGUCCUACUGGGUUCAAUCAGACGUUGAGGAGGGCUUCUGUUUCAGUUCCCACAGCAUCCACAUCAACCAGUACAGCCAACAGUCUGAGCAUAGUGGUUCUGGUGCAGCCCGUCAACAGAGAGAGUCCAGUCUGACCGAAAGUUGUCCAACUCCUCCACCCAAUUACAGCAGCACCAGGUUCAGAUCAGAGUCCAGUUCAUUUGUCCAGAGUCCUCUGACAGUUCCUCCUCCAGGACUGCUCACCAGCACUCUGUCCAACAUCCUGAUAACCGGAAAGACCAGCACAGCCAACAUCUCCCAAAGAGCUGACCUCUCCCUGGGCGCCACUGAACCGAAAGUCCCAUCUGAAUCCAACCAAGUCCACAAAAGGAACACUCCAGACAAUUGUGUCCCUGAUAAGAGGAGCCUUUCACCAACUGACCCCUUAUUAAAGGAACACAAAAGUCUAAACAACCAUCAUCAGAGGAGUCCAGGUACCCUGGUUAAGAUCACCAAAAAUGUUGCAUCCAAAGAUGAGACCAUGCCACAGACAGAACCCAUUUCCAUGGUUGCAGAGCUCAAUCCCAGAACCACCUCCCAACUCUUCCAGGCCAAUGGCUCAGACCAUGAUCUCCACAAUGACAAGACCCCUCCACAAGACCAGAGAUUCCUCAAAUGCAGCACUAUUUGUCCUCUAAACAGAACUUCCAUUUGUCAAAACAAUCCACAAUCCUCCUCUGACUCUAAGAAAGACCUCCAUUUGGACAUAAACUUCUCCAAAACUAAGAAGGAAACAUCCCUAGUCUCCAAACCUCAGAGGGGCGGUCUCACUAACACCAGCACCAGCACAAUUACCCAGCAGAACACUGACUUCCAAUCCUCCCCUUCAGACAUUCUUCACACCUUGGCACAGGCAAGCAGCAGCAUCAGUUCACACCAGAGUGAGACCUUGCCAAAGAUCGAUCCGGUCCAACAGGCUGGAGGGUUUGCUCAGAGCCCCAACCUCAAAGACAGGAUCCAAGACACUGGGCUCCUCAGAUCUUGUGCAACUUGCCUCCAAACAACAACAGCCCUCCCUCAAGAAGGCAAUAUUUCCCAGCCCUAUCCAGCUUCUAGGAGAGGUCUUAAUCAGGAUGUACCUUUCUUCCAAAUCAGCAAAGAAACACCCUCAGUCUCCAUCAGCCAAAGCAGCAACCUGACCACUACUGUCAAACAAACUGUGACACAGGCAAGCAGCAGCCUCAGUUCACCCCAAGAAAGUCUGUUAUCUCAGAGUGAGACCUUGUCACAGAUUGAUCCAUUCGCACUGGCCAAAGGAUUUGCUCAGAGUCCCGGCCUCAAAAACAAGACCAGUGGCACUGGGGACCUCAAAUCCUGUUCAACUUGCCUCCAAACAGCCACCACCCUCCCUCAAGAUGGACAUCUUUCACAGUCUAACCAAGGUUCCACGAGAGGCCUUGAUCGGGAUGUACUUUCUUUUCUAACCAGCAAAGUUACAUCAUCAUUCUCCAUCCCCCAAAGCAGCAGCCAAACCACAGCCACUACUGUCAAACAAACCAAGCACUGCCAGUCCACCUCUCCAGAUACUCAUCACACCUUGGCACAGGCUAGCGAUUCACCCCAAGAAAGUUGGUUAUCCCAGAGCGAGUCCUUGCCAAAGAUCAAUCUCGUCACCCAGGACAGAGGGUUUGCUCAGAGCCCCGGCCUCAAAGACAGUAUCAGAGACACUUGGCCCCUUCCUCCAGAGCCAAACGACAUCAGCAACAUCAGUCUAUCUAGCAGUACCAUUACCAAGAGUAAUAGAGUCAGCAGCAAGCAGAACCACCAGACAGUCUACUCCCUCCACGAGUCCUUGAUCUCUACCUGUACCCAGCAGUGUGUGCAUGACCCUGGCAUGACCCUGGGUAGUCCUGCCAAGCCCACUCCUCCUCCUCCUCCUCCUCCUCCUCCUCAUCCCAAACCACAGACCCAAGCUUUGGCUCAGCAGGCUAAUCCGCAUGUCACCCCCUUUUCCUCUCCACAUCAUCUACUAACUCCAGAGCAAGACCCAAACAUUUGUCAGCCCAUGGCCAUCUGUGAGGAGAUCAGGCUUACUCCUCAGAUCCAAGGGCCUCCCCUUCCUGCUCCUCAUCCUGCUCCUCUUCCCCAGGCCCAGGCAGAGUCUCUUCCCCAGGGAAAAGCCUCUAAACCUGACCCUCCCUGCUUCACCAGGCCCCUGUCUAGAGCUACUGUCAUGGAGGGCUCUCCAGUGACGCUAGAGGUGGAGGUGACGGGACACCCAGAGCCCACGCUCACCUGGUGUAAAGACGGAGAGGUGUCGGCCCCCCCCGGCCCAGGCCGAGCGGCCCCUCCCCCCCAGGACGGGACACGGUCCCUGUUCAUCCCGGAGGACAGCACCGGUGACCCGUGGCUGCUGGCCGAGGACUGUGACAUCAUCGGCGUGGACUGGCUGGCCGAGGACUGUGACAUCAUCGGCGUGGACUGGCUGACCUGGUUUGGGACCCUGUGCGUCCUGCUGUGGCUGCUCUACCUGAUUCUACUCUGAUUACUCUUUUACUGCAGCAACUUAAAGGGAAAAAAAGAGGGUUUAUUUUUCAACCUGGACCCAAUUUUCCAUGUUUGUAUGUCUGAGAGUCUGAUGGAACAACAAUCUGUGAAACUGGUCCAGUAUUAAACCAGAACCGAGCUGCAAUGUAACCCUACAGGACUAA